CUUAUUUUUUAAUUUUUUUUUUAUGGCUUUUUGGGUCGCCUGAGUCGUAAGUGGAAAUAAAAUAUCCACGGGUGCCUCCACGAGGAAAGCUGAGACACUUCCAGCGUGAGCCGUCCGUGAGCUGCUGCUGCCUUUUCUACCGACCCCCGGCUGCCCCUUUUCGCCUGGAAAAAAAAAAAAAAAAAAAAAAAAGGUUUUUUCUCCUCCGCCCGGAACCGGCCGGGGAAAGGAGGCGGCGGGGAAGCGCCCGAGCCCGCAGGGACACCGGAGCGGGUGGUGGCAGAGCCAGGCCACCCGCCAUCGACCUCCGCGCUGGUGUGGAUACCGCCGGUCACAAAGGAGAGGAGAGGAAAAGGAACCACCCUGCGAUGUUUUAUUUAAAAGCCCAUCUCCCGCGGUGUCGGGUGGCUCUGCCGGAGCAGAGCCGUCUGCGGGCGAAAUGCGUCUCCCGAAACAAGCUCCGCUGCGGAGGGAAGCAUCCCUGUGGCAUCUCCUGGACCAUCGGCGCUGGGAAUACGCUUCACCGGGGACGAGGCGUCGUGGUCCCCCAGAACGCGGCUGAGCAUCCGCCGAGGCUGCCACCAGCUCCGGCCGGGGACGAGCGGGCUGUGCCGCCUCUCCGGCUCGGUCCCCAACAGAAAACGAGGUGUUCCCGGUGCCUGUGGAUGUGGCUCAGCCCCAGCAUCCCAAUCCAGCUCUGGGGAGAGCCCUGAGAUCGUGGGAAUUUAAUGGCUGGAGAGGCAGGGCCCGGCCGCAGCGAGCCGGCGGCAGCUCGGCACGGCUCGCUGCAGGGCACCGCUGCACCGGCUGGAACCGUGGCACGGCUCCGGCCCUGCGGGUUUAUUUCCGAGGAGAGGUGGCAGCGGCAAAGUUUUGCAGCCGACGUGGGCCGGCGGCGGGGGCGGCACUGCCCGCCGGGAAGCCCGGACCAUGCUGGCCUGUUUGCAGAGGACCCAGAACCCCCCAGCCCAGCACCUCGCCUGCCCCAACAAGGCGCUGGAGCCGCGCAAGUGCGAGACGGCGGCACCCAUGCAUUCCCCGCGCUACCCCAGCCCCGCCGAGCUGGACGCCUACGCACAGAAGGUGGCCAACAGCCCGCUGACCAUCAAGAUCUUUCCCACCAACAUCAGGGUCCCCCAGCACAAGCACCUUAACCGGACGGUCAACGGCUAUGACACCACGGGGCAACGCUACAGCCCCUACCCCCUGCAUGCCGGCGGCUACCAGGGUCUCCUGGCCAUCGUCAAAGCCUCCGGCAAAAGCGUGGUGAAGAACUCGGAGGGGAAGCGGACUAAGCUCUCGCCUGCCCAGGUCGGCGUCGCUCCCUACCCCGCGUCAAGCACUUUAGCUCAAGGUCCCUCCUGCGCCGGGCAGCUGAGCUACCACGGCGGCCAGAAGCAGCUGGAGGGUCCCGUGCCACCCAACGUGACGGUGGCGGCCUCCGUGCUGCCGCUGGCGGGCAGGAGCCUGGCCCUGCCGCCCUCCAACCUGCCCUCCAUCCAGAGCAUCAUCUACCAGAUCAAUCAGCAGUGCCAGGCGCAGGGUGCCCAGCCGGGCUGCCCGGCCGUUGUGGCCACCAACCCCAGCCCGGCCAAGCACGGCGCCUUCCCCGGCACCGCCGCGUACGCCGGCGCCGUCCUGCCGGAGUGCCGCAAGGGCGCCGAGCUGGCGCUGGGCUCUAACCCGGCCACGGCCCUGGGACCCAAGGCGGGCAUCUACCCCGAGGGCAUGGACUACCUGGUCUGGCAGCAGAAGCAGCAGCAGCAGCACCUGCGAAUGUAUAGCGGGGGCAGCGGCGGCGGGGGGGCCCUCAGCAAGUCCCCCGAGACGUGCGCGGGCGCCUCGCGUCCCUACGCCCUGGGGGGGGCGGCCGAGAAGGUGAGCUCGUCCCCCUUGAACUGCAUGCACGGCAACUUCUCGGUGGGGCAGUACUUCGCCCCUCCCUGGAACAGCAUCUUGGUGACCCCCAACAGCGACUGUUACAACCCGCCGGAGCUGGGGGCCGGGCCCCGCGAGCUGGGGGUGCCCCCUGCCGAGGGGCUGCCCAGCAAGACGCUCUGCAAUACCUCCAUCCUCAGCAGCAGCCUCCAGUCCCUGGAGUAUCUCAUCAACGACAUCCACCCGCCCUGCAUCAAGGAGCAGAUGCUGGGCAAGGGCUACGAGACCGUCUCUGUGCCAAGGCUCUUGGACCACCAGCACGCCCACAUCCGCCUGCCCGUCUACAGAUAAGGAACCGAUGCUGCUUUUCCCAAACCCAGGGCGAGGACUUUGGCAGGAGCCGUGCUCCCCUCCGGCACCGCGCGGGUACCGGACUGUGGCAGCGAGGGCUGGGGGGGGGACGGGGAGGGGGACACGGGGUCGGCUGCCGAAAGGGCUCCCGGGACACUGGCAUUUCACCGGGGUCCCCAGACUGGAUACACCCGCAACCCGCUGGAAGCCCAGGACGAAGGACCGCUUGUCUAUAUAGCUCAGAAAUCAUUUUAUCUCCACGAAUGUGAACAGGGAAUCGCUACGAGUUGCUGCUAUCCAGGGAGAGGAGGCUCCGCUCCGCGCGCCGGAGGGCACCCGGCCGGCCCCGUGUGGGGCAGAGCCCUCUGCCGUGGCCGUGGCCGGCCGGGGGGGCUCACCGGGCAGCCGGCCCGCGUGGUGGCCACAGGGAGCUUGCACCUGACCUGUAGCUGAAGUCCGUAACUUGCACUGCUUUGAUUAAAGCUAAUAACUGGGGACAGUCUGGAGGCUAUUUAAGAAAAACACUUGAAAACUUGAACAGAUUUUUUUUUUAAAAUUUUUUUUUUUUUUUUUUUAGUUUAUUAGGCUGUACAUCUACGUGUUGGCUGCUACAGAGUCUCCUCCCGCCCCUCUUCCUCCUCCUCCUCCUCCUCCUCCUCCUCCUCCUCCUUUCACCAGGCCCCACGUUGGCCACUGGCUCCCAUUCCCACUCAACCUGGAGGUUCGGUGCCCCCGCGCCGGGCACCCAGCGGGACCCCCCCGUCCCCUCUCCCGCCCCACAGCACCCCCGGGACCUGCCCGGGUCUCACACACAUCCAGGCUGGGUUUUCCCCCCCCCCCAACCUUACUGUCAGUUCUACCUUGGUUCUGGGUUAGAAGCGACCACGGCACCAGGGGCGCUCACAUACCUCCUUUUUUUUCUCCUUUUUUUUUUUUUUAAAAAAAAAAAACAAAACAAAAACAAACAGUUCCAAAAAUGCUCAUUAGGGUCCGUUAUUCACUCUGUGUAAUUAUGUGUUUAAUAGAUUUAUUCAUUUAAAAAAGGCUCCACACCACAAAAUACAAAGUGUUUUGAUGUUUAAAGGAAAAAAAAAAAAAGAAAAAUACCCCGAUGAAACCCAAGGUGAUUGUGCUCGGUAAAGAGGUACUGUAUCCCUGAAAGGCCUGUUCAAGCACUAAGUGCAUUUACAAAUCUCUGAGAAUGUUUUUUUUUUAUACUAAAAUUGACCAUUAUAUUCUACUGUGAGAAGUGCUGGCUGCACUAUAUUGUUUUAAAAAUGAGAGAAAAACAAAUGGAAAAA